CAAUACUGGAUAGAGGCAGAGGAUAAAGUGAUACGUUACAGUGUGUUUGUGUGCUCAGUUUAUAAUUUGCUAUAAUUAUUAUUUCAGUUGGUGCAGUAGGAAUUCCAUAAUCUGUGUAAAUAUUAAAAAAUUUAGUUCUAUUAACAAGAGAACAAAGUAGAAGUUUUAACUGAUUUCGAAGUUGUAUUCUACUCGUCAGUCGUUGAUAAUCGACGGACAAGGACAAGCAGUUUCACAAGUCACGUGCAUUCAUGUUCUGGCUGGCGCGUGAUAACAAUACACCUGAAGGUGGUAAAUUGCUUUUAGAGUUGUCACACUUCACGUGACAUUGUAAAGCAGAAUAAGAAAACCAAUGAAGUUGAGAAGCUUACAUCGUUCUCACUUACCAAUGAAUCCUGUGAUAGGUGGCCUUUUUGCCAUUCAUACUUCCAUCUAUUCACUUGUAAAUCUCCUAUUUUCAUAUAAACUAUGUGAAAAAGAAACCAAAACAUCUUGUUUAGAAACUGCUUUUAAUGAAAGCAGCAACUAUUCAUUAAAUAGAACAGAUGCAGAUACACUUACAUUGUAUUUUAGAAUAACUGAAAUGGCAAUAGCUCUUGUUCCUUGUUUAUAUUUUGCAUCAUGGAGUGACAAACAUGGGAGAAAACCUUGCUUUCUUGUUCCUUUUAGUGGUUCCAUCCUUCGGGAUCUUGGACUUAUUAUUGCUACUAAUGUGAUAGAUAUGGAACCAAGUUGGGUUCUUAUUGCAGCUGUUCCAAGUGGUUUUACUGGGAGCUACAUUCUUUUUGUUAUAGCAGCAUUUUGUCGCGUCUCAGACACCACUGACCAUCGUUCUAGAACGUAUCAUUUUGGGAUGUUAAUUGGCAGUUGUACACUAGGAAUUGCUGUAGGAACCUUAAUAGGAUGCCACUGGAGAUCUCUGAUCCCUCUUCAUUUGUUCAAGAUUGUCUGUACUUCUGUUUUUACUUUGUCCAUUUGUAUUCAUGUCACAUUAAUUAUCUUGGUGGUACUUUUUAUGGAUGAGACUGUGCAACAGCUAGGGGAUUUUGAUGGAAGUUGUUGGAGAGGAAUCAUUGCCCCCAGCAAUCUGGCUGGUUGCCUAAAUGCCGUCUUUAAGAAAAGGACCCAUAACUUCAGAUUUUUCAUUUUGAUUCUCUUGUUUGCAUUCAUCAUUGGACGUAUAGCUUUUUAUGGAGAGAUGGCUAUGAUGUCAAAGUAUUAUAGUACUAACUUUUCAUGGACAGAGGAGACUUCCAUGGUGUUUGAAAGUGUAAAUGCUCUACUGCAGGCUAUUGUAGUUGUUUUGAUUGUGGCCACAGCUAGAAGUUUCUAUUUUGAAGAUGCAUCUUUAGGUAUAGUUGGUUCAUUUGGAAUAACAUUAUCCUCACUUCUACAGGCUUUGAGUCCCAGUCUCAUUCUUGCAAUCUUAGCUUUUUUUGCACGAUCUCUUGCUCUGUUGGUUCCAACUGCAACUUUGUCAUUGUUGUCAAAACUAGCUGAUACCAGAGAAUAUGGAAGCUUAUUUGGGAGUUUUUGGGCUCUAGAACUUCUGCUACCCACUGUAUCCACCAUCAUCUCUAAAGGGAUUUUUCAAGCUUCCUUACCAGAUUAUCCUGAACAGAUAUUUUUGUUUUUAGUUUUUUUAACAAGUAUAACACUUCUUGUAUUUCUCUAUGUUCGUCGCAACUUGCAUCCAGAGCUAUUGGGACACAUUGAAAGCACUGAGAGAAUCCCUCUUGUUGAGCAGCUGGAUAUUGUUAAAGGAGAAAUUUUCUAGUUUAAUGCAUUUAGUUUUGUUAGUUUCAAAACUCUGGUAUUUUUGUACAAUUUGAUAUAUAUUUCACAAACUCUAGUUAAUUUUUAAGAGAAAAAAUGUAGUAUGUCUCUUCAGUUAAUAAUUUUUCAAGAAUCUUUAUUGAUGAAUCAUCAUUAUGCAAGAUACUAAAGGAACUACAUUCCAGCUAUUUAUUAACAUUUUACUUGUUGAGAAGCUAUUUUUAUCUUCUAGUGUUAUUAUAUCAAAGCUUCAAAACAAAACUGAUCUGUUAGCUUAAAGUAUGAUAAGUGUAAAAAAACUGUUACUAUAUAUUACUUAGAAAUAAUUUUAUAAAACAAAUAAAUGUAUUAUAAAUUUGUA